CGUGCGCCGUCGGCGGCUUGCGCCGGUAAUGAGGGAAAACGACGGUUUGGAGUUGCUGGGCCGGACGUUGCCGUGGAGCCAAGCGAGGAGCGCCGCCGGCGUGGCGGGUUAACAGUGGUUGGAUCAAAAGGAACUGACAUCUCUCUUGGACUGUUCCAUCAGCUUCAACAUGGCUGGAGGCAUUACUGAUACAGGAGAGCUGUACUCACCUUACGUUGGCCUGGUUUACAUGUUCAAUCUCAUAGUUGGGACUGGAGCUCUGACUAUGCCAAAGGCCUUUGCCACUGCUGGUUGGCUUGUCAGCCUCAUCUUAAUAAUGUUCUUGGGGUUCAUGAGCUACAUGACCACAACUUUUGUAAUGGAGGCCAUGGCUGCUGCAAAUGCCCAGCUUCGUUGGAAGAGAAUGGAAAAGCACAAGGAUGAUGAUGAGGAUUCUUCAUCUGGCGUUUCUGAUAGUGAUGUUCUUCUUCCUGAAGGCUACGAGCGAUCAGAGACACGACCUAUCCUGUCUCUUCAGAGACGAGGAGCGCCUAACGUUUUUGAAAUCACUGAAAGGGUGGAGAUGGGUCAGAUGGCAUCCAUGUUCUUCAAUAAAGUGGGAGUCAACUUGUUCUAUUUCUGCAUAAUCAUCUACCUCUAUGGUGAUUUGGCAAUAUAUGCAGCUGCUGUCCCAGUUUCUCUCAUGCAGGUGACCUGUAGUGUGACGGGCAAUCAUUCAUGCAGUGUUGAAGAUGGUACUAAGUAUAAUGACACAGACAAGUGCUGGGGACCAAUCAGACGGAUUGAUGCUUAUAGAAUUUAUCUGGCUGCAUUUACCAUCCUCUUGGGCCCAUUCACCUUUUUUAAUGUGCAGAAAACAAAGUAUCUUCAGAUCCUGACAUCACUCAUGAGGUGGAUAGCAUUUGUCGUCAUGAUAAUUAUAGCCCUUCUCCGGAUUUCCAAAGGGAAAGGGGAAGGUCACCCUCCUUUAGCGCAACUCUCAGGGAUCCGCAAUCUCUUUGGGGUGUGCGUUUAUUCCUUCAUGUGCCAGCACUCGCUGCCAUCUCUCAUCACUCCCAUCUCCAAGAAGAAACACGUUAACAAGUUGGUCCUGCUGGAUUACACCUUAAUCCUGGGUUUCUACAGCCUCUUGUCCUUCACUGCUAUCUACUGCUUCAAGAACGGGACUCUCAUGGAUAUGUAUACGCUCAACUUCACCAGCUGUGACAUUGUCAAUAUCGCCGUUAUCCGCUACUUCCUGGGCCUCUUUCCUGUCUUCACCAUCAGCACAAACUUUCCUAUAAUUGCUGUGACUCUGAGGAACAAUUGGAAGACGCUCUUCCACCGGGAAGGGGGAACCUACCCGUGGGUAGUAGAUAGGAUUUUUUUCCCAGUCAUCACACUCAUUCCCCCCAUUAUCGUGGCAUUCUGCACCCACGAUUUGGAGUCCUUGGUGGGCAUUACUGGAGCCUAUGCUGGGAAUGGGAUCCAGUAUAUCAUCCCUGCUUUCUUAGCAUAUUGCAGCCGAAAAGACACUCAGCUGAUCUUUGGAAAUGGCACCCUCAAUAAACAUUUGUCCCCUUUCCGGCACACAUUCUGGAUUGGGUUUGUCCUACUCUGGGGUCUUUUUUGCUUUCUGUUUGUGACUGCAAAUAUCAUAUUGAGUGAAACUAAGCUCUAAUGAUGGAACAAUGCAGUUUGUUAUCAAAGAAACUGGAGGUGACUUCUAGACUUCUACUUCUGAUCUUGCACCUCUUAAGAACCUGCUAAUACUGUCUUGAGCUUGAUGCUCACUUUAUCAAUUUCGGGUGCAGUGCUGCUUGUCCAGUUCCUUUUUUAAUUCAGAUUUUCCCCUACAAAGUAUAAAGCUUUGAGUGUGAUCACUCCACCAGGCUGCUGUGGGCGCACAGCAUCUCUCUGUUUUUGCCUUGAUCACAGAUUCCCAUACAAACUGUCUUCCUCUCUUGUGCUAUGAUAUGUCAGAGGCUGUCAGAUAUGCAUCUCUCCCUCAAGAGUGAUGGAGGGGUGAGCCUUGCUGAAACCAGUCAAGCAAGCAGCCAAUGAAAGCAAGCAAUGAUUCCUUAUCGUUCUCAUGUCCCCUGAGGUGACUCCUCAACUAACAUGGAAGAGUCAAGAGCAGGAUGGACACAACUAGUUGAAUCAGAUUUCAUUGAAAUGUUCCAUGGCGUGGGGUCAACCUAAACUCAAAAAAUGAGGGAGAAAAUGCCCAGGGGUAGUUUCUUCCCACUCCAACACUUCUGUUGUUUCCUCCAUUUCUGUUACAGUCUUUCCAGCAAACAUCUGCCUUGCUGCAUGUAAUGUGGGAUCAGAUGCAUAGAUGUUACUGUGGAUUUAAAUGAAUACUUUUCAUCUGGUGAG